UGAGUCACUGCUUCCCCUAAAAGGCCCCGCUUUCGAUUUCCAUUUCCUUUAAAUCGUCUGUCUUCUGGGCGACCAGCAGGUGUCGCUGCUGCGCUUCGUAAUUUUUCAGCAGUUUGUCAAGAGUUUUUAAGUUGAGAGGAGAAGAGGCGCCGUUUCUAAUGGGAGGGGUUUUUUGUUUUUGUUUUUUUGAAAUUGUAACUUUUACUUUGCACUUAUGAAAUUCCCACUUCUCCCUGAUUGGAGGAACCGGGAGAAGCGUGAUAAAGACAUGAUGUAACCAGGAGAAAUGCCUCAGAGGGCGUGUGGCUGAGAAAGAGCUGGCUUUUUGACUUCUUUGUGCUAAAAAUAGGUGCAUGAGCUCUGGGAUAGAGGCUCAUUUGAAUAGUUAAAAACUGAUUUGCAUAUGCACUGAAGCCGAUAUGAAAACAAGACGAGCCGCCGAUACGUGCGAUCAGUUUACAUACAUAAUAAGCGGGGAAAUCGGCUUUUAAGGGUAAAGGACCUAUUCUGGCCUCAUUAUGAUGCAUUAUGCAAAUCAAUAAAGCGGCAAGGGUUUGAUUAAAAGCUCGGUUCGUGCUGUCGCGGGGGGGGUUUCCCGUCUGUGAGGUGACGUUACGCGCGGAGGGGGAUUUCCACGCGGUCCAGCAGCCAAUCAGCGCGAAGCUUGUCCGAAACACAAAAGCGGAGAUGACUUCGUGUAAGAUAUUUCAACACAUGGCUUCGAGACGGUUUGACACUUCUCCCAGGGAUCAGACAGAAGCUGUGAGCCGCUGUGCAGUCUAACAGGUGGUUUAAGGAGCUGUUUCAGAGUUCAGGACGAAGGUUUGGGCCGAGACGGAAAAAGACCCAGAGUCAUCCGGUUUGGAGACGACUCAAGGAAGGAUUCAAGGACACGACGGUGGAGUUUAAGGUCCUAAAGGUGGUCUUAAAGACUGGACGCAUGCCAUGAUAGACAUGGACAUGGUCAACGGUACCUCUGCAGAGGAGACAACACCCCUUCCCGGGAUUGACCCGCAGGACGACAAUUGUUCGAGCCUCGGCUCUCUAGAUUUCGACCUGAUUCAAGAAUAUAUCGCAGAAAGUGAGCAGGUAGCACCCACCCCAUCUGGACUACCUGGACCACCUCCUCCACCUACUGCCCUCCCCUGCCCCACAAACCAAACCCCACCAAACCCCAUCCACAAACCAACGCAGAUAUCCAAGCCGGUGCUGGUUGCAAGAGGCACCUUGUCUAAGCCAGUCCUCCCUGUCAUGGAUAUGGCAUCGACUCAUCCUUCCUCUGGGCGAGGGUCCUCGUGUUUGCUGAGCCCGAAGAACUCCAGCAUCCCGUCCUCUCAGAACCGGGGCGACACGGACAUUCUGGAGCGUGUUCUGGACAAGCCCAAGCUCGUGAUAGUGGAGGAGCCCAAAGACAGAGGCAUGAGGUUUCGCUAUGAAUGUGAAGGACGCUCGGCGGGCAGCAUCCUGGGGGCAUCCAGCACCCACAGUGAAAAGACCCUGCCUACAAUAGAGAUUCAGGGUUCCAUCGACGGCUUAAAGAGGGUCAACGUCACAGUUUCCUUGGUGACCAAAGACCUCCCACACCGGCCUCACCCCCACUGCCUCGUGGGUAAAGAUUGUCCAAAUGGUACAGGAAUCUGUUUUGUCACAUUCAACCCUCGCAACAACCGACGUCACAGCUUCGCUAACCUCGGUAUUCAGUGUGUGAGGCGGAAAGAGCUGGACAUUUCACUUCAGAAGCGAAGAAGCCUAAAUAUCGACCCAUUUCAGACCGGGCAUUCGAAGGGUAUUGAAGACAUGGACAUGAAUUCAGUGCGUCUGUGCUUUCAGUGCGAGCUCGAGUGGCAGGACGGCAGGAAAGACCACCUCAGCCCGGUGGUUUCGAAGCCCAUUUAUGACAAGAAGGCAACAACUACAUCACAGCUGAAGAUCACCCAUUUGAACCUGUAUGAAGGUCCCUGCACCGGCAAGACGGAGGUCUACAUGUUAUGUGACAAAGUGCAGAAAGACGACAUAGAGAUCAUCUUCAGGCGAGGGUCGUGGAAGGCGAACGGGGAGUUUGCCCAGACAGAUGUGCACCGACAGAUCGCCAUCGUGUUUAAGACUCCGCCCUACGAGGACCAAGACAUCACAGAGGAAGUGGAAGUCAACCUGGCCCUGCGUCGCAUCUCAGACCAGAUGGAGAGCGAGCCCAUUACAUUCAAGUACCUGCCUCGCAAUCCAGACCCGUACGAGGUGAAGCGUAAGACAAGGUUAAAGUCCGAGGUGAACCUCACGGAGAAGCCCUGUGUGACAGCCAAGAGCGCACCUGCGUCAGAUCAGGUCAUCCAGUUCCUCCCAGAGGCCCAAAACAUGAUGUCGCCACAAGAGCGGUCGCACCCUGUCUUGCCCGGCAUCCCCGCUGCGGCGGAACCGCAUUACUGCAAUCCAAUCGAUUCAAACACCGAAGAGGCAGCCAUUUACAACCAGUUGGUAGACAUGCCUGAAUUUUGGGAGGUCUUCAAUAACCCGAACUUCACCUCGCUCGUGCCUGGUAACUUGGACAUCACUGCCUCCACCUUUGCUAACGUGGAUAUGAACUUCAACCAGAACUCUGGCUUCCCCCAGGACUUUUCCCAUUACAGUGACUUGCAAUUCAACAUGCUCGUCAGCGAGAGCCAGAACCCGCAGUUGGAGCCGCAGGAUGGCACGGUUCAGGUGAAAACGGAAGAGGAACUAUGAGGAUCGUGUAGCACCGUUUACAGCUGUUUCUGUUUCUGUCAUCUUUUAACAUUUCCUUGCUGACAGUUUUGUCACUGUCAUGUGUGCACAUUAAGCUAGUUUCCCCUUGUUUCUAGAACUUGUGCUAAGCUAAACAAGCUAUCGCCUGCUUUGUAUUUCGUAUGAGACUGGUACUGAUUAGCGCAGCAGAAAACUGAAACCAUCCUUCAAAAGUGGAUACAAGUACCAAAAUACAUAUGAUUGUCUCUCUGGAGUCAAAAAAAAUCCCAUCAGCCACUUGAACUUUCAUCACUGAAUAUCAUCCAUUUAAUACAUUUCAGAGGUUUUCUCUUGAUUUUUAAUGGAUUUGACUUUGAGUCAAAGGUAUAACUCCGACUUAAGCAAAAUAAUUGCAUUGACACAUGUUACAUGCUGCUCCGAUGGUCUGAUGACAGUUAAGGCUGCGCAUAGCUCUGCAGGCCGAGAGAUUCCACUUUUACCCCUUUGAUGGCACUGGUUCAAAGCUCCUUUAUCCUCGGCUCAGCGCUCUCAUGCUGGCACACUUAUCCAGUUCAUUCCAGACAAUGGGUGUGAGGUGGGGCACGCCAUUUACCAUCACACCACUUUAGAAUCGCCGGUUAACCUGACACGCAUGACUCUGGAGAGUUUAAACCUAACCAAGGAGACCCAUGCACCACUGCGCUGCUAAGCUGUUUGUUUUAUUGGCUUACUCAUGUAACCAACCUAAAUACACCAAGUUAGUCAGUACUGAACCCUUAAGCUAAGUUUCACACCGGUGUCUGAUCUUCUGUGAGAACUUACAAUCAGUUUGUUUUUUGUUUUUUUCCAUCUGAGUGUUUUCUGUCUGAGCUGGCACUCAAAGCAGUUUUGUAAGCUACACACACACACACACACAUGCAUGCAUACACACACACAGAUACCAAUGGUGAGGCUGUGGCCUCUUUCAGCAGGAUAAACACCUUGCCACAAGUAAAAAAAGGUUCAGGAACAUUUUGAGCCAUUGACUUGGCCUCCAGAUUUCCCAGACCUCAGUCUAAUCGAGCAUCUGUGGGACCUGCUGGACAAACAAGGAGACCCCACCUCCGAACUUACCAGGGGUCGAGUGGGGUCUGCGCCUCAAUGGGUCAGGGCUAUUUUGGCAGCAAAAGGGGAACCAACACAGCAUUAGGCAGGUGGUUAUAAUAUUAGGCCUGAUCAGCAAGCUGUUUGUUCAGCUUUUUCAGUUCGUUCACUUUUCAUUAGCACACAGGAACCUCCCACUGCCAGUCCCCUAUGAGGGCCUUCCCCAAAACGCAGCCUCAAUUGAUGCUUGUGUCGUCUGUCAUUAUCAACUUGAAAUGCUGUCAAAUGUAAACUAGUGAAUAUAAAAAUAACAAACACUUCGAGUAUCUUGAAUCAUAGAAGAAUAUACGUCGCAUUUUUGGUGCUUGUAUCCACUUGUGAACAAUCUUCAUGUACUGAGUUAUCUGCUGCACUUGCUCUGCUAGAGUGCAAAACCAAUAUGGAGCAGAGGGCCUUCUUUCCUGCUGCUGCUGCUUUGCACUUUGGGCUUGUAGACUGUUUUGGUUUCACACCUCUGCGACGUUGCCCUGUAUUUAACCUCGUAACCUUUUAUCCUUAGCUCCUGAAGCCUUGCUGGUCAAGUCUUCGGGAGCAAGUUAGCAUUCCUUAUUUUCCAUAAAUGCUGCAAGCAUUAAUUUAAGGCUUACAGUCAGUGUGGAGUUUAAAAGGAGAACUCAAACUUCUCCACAAAAGCUGUAAACUUCCAUAAUUGCAGUCUUUUUUAGUUACGAGGUGAGACUAAAAUGCCACGUUUUAAAUGUUUGUGCAAGAUUUGUUUUGUUUGCUUAGCUGAAGCUGCCGGCAGCAUAAAAGGGUUUUUUUUUAUCACCAAAAGUCUCAAGUACAGUGGUUGGAGAUCAAUUCUUCUUUGUCUCUGUCUGUUAUUGCUCUCUGUUGGCCGUCACAGCCGCUGGCUUGUUUAAUAUUUAAUCAACAUAAAUGUAAUAGAAAACAGCCCUUUUCCUAGUCCUGGCUUUCUUUGUGUCAGUUCCUUUUGUUUGUCAGUUUCGCUCUCGUGCUAAGCAUUUGAAUUUCCAAUCGCACCUUAUCACAUGUCUGCCCACUCAGUGUAGUGCAGUAGUCGGAAAAAAAUAAAAUGUCUGUGUGUAA